CAGCAGCGAGCGCGCGCGCAGCUCCGGGAGGCGGCGGCAGCGGCGGAAGCAGCGAGGGCGGCGAGCGUCCGGCUGUGAGACUUGGAGGCGGCGGCAGCGGCGACUCGCGGCUGGGCUCCGCUGGCUGGAGCAAGGGUCGGGGCGUCGGGUCGAGCGCCGACCGCCUUGGUCGACCACCGUCCGUCGCCCAGACGCCUGGGCCGCAGAGUUCGUGUCCCGGCUCGGACCCCGGCGCCCAGCCCAGAGCCGUAACCUUGAGGCAGUGGCGGCGGGGCUGGGCCGGGCCGGGGGGCGGCGGCGGCGCUGGAUCCGCGGCUACCGGAUCGUUGGCGGGAGAUGUCGAACCCCGGGACGCGCAGGAACGGCUCCAGCAUUAAGAUCCGCCUGACAGUAUUAUGUGCCAAGAAUCUUGCAAAGAAAGACUUCUUCAGACUUCCUGACCCUUUUGCUAAGAUUGUUGUGGACGGCUCUGGGCAGUGCCACUCAACAGACACUGUGAAAAACACGUUGGACCCAAAAUGGAAUCAGCACUAUGAUCUAUAUGUUGGGAAAACUGAUUCUAUAACCAUCAGCGUGUGGAACCAUAAGAAAAUUCACAAGAAGCAGGGAGCUGGCUUCCUGGGCUGCGUGCGGCUGCUCUCCAAUGCCAUCAGCCGGCUAAAAGACACUGGCUACCAGCGUUUGGAUCUAUGCAAACUAAAUCCCUCAGAUACUGAUGCAGUUCGUGGCCAAGUAGUAGUUAGUUUACAGACACGAGACAGAAUAGGUCCUGGAGGGUCAGUGGUGGACUGCAGAGGACUGUUAGAAAAUGAAGGAUCCGUGUAUGAAGACCUGGGGCCUGGGAGGCCGCUUAGCUGCUUCAUGGAGGAGCCUGCCCCUUACACGGACAGCACUGGCGCUGCUGCAGGUGGGGGCAACUGCAGGUUUGUGGAGUCCCCAAGUCAAGAUCAGAGACUCCAGGCACAGCGACUUCGGAACUCUGAAGUCCGAGGUUCACUGCAGACGCCCCAGAACCGACCACAUGGCCACCAGUCACCAGAGCUGCCUGAAGGCUACGAACAGAGAACAACAGUACAGGGGCAAGUUUACUUUUUGCACACACAGACUGGAGUGAGCACAUGGCAUGAUCCCCGGAUACCCAGUCCCUUGGGGACCAUUCCGGGGGGAGAUGAAGCUUUUCUAUACGAAUACCUUCUACAAGGCCAUACAUCUGAGCCCAGAGACCUUAACAGUGUGAACUGCGAUGAACUUGGACCACUGCCACCAGGUUGGGAAGUCCGAAGUACAGUUUCUGGGAGAAUAUAUUUUGUAGACCAUAAUAACCGAACAACCCAGUUUACAGACCCAAGGUUACAUCAUAUCAUGAAUCACCAGUGCCAACUCAAGGAGCCCAGCCAACCGCUGCCCCUGCCCAGUGAAGGCUCUGUGGAAGAUGAAGAGCUUCCUGCCCAGAGAUAUGAAAGAGAUUUGGUUCAGAAACUGAAAGUCCUCAGACAUGAACUGUCACUUCAGCAGCCCCAGGCCGGGCAUUGCCGCAUCGAGGUUUCCAGAGAAGAAAUAUUCGAGGAGUCUUACCGUCAGAUCAUGAAGAUGCGACCGAAAGACCUGAAGAAGCGGCUGAUGGUGAAAUUCCGAGGAGAGGAGGGUCUGGACUACGGCGGCGUCGCACGGGAGUGGCUGUAUUUGUUAUGCCAUGAAAUGUUGAAUCCAUAUUAUGGACUCUUCCAGUACUCCACAGACAACAUUUACAUGUUGCAAAUCAACCCAGAUUCUUCAAUUAACCCUGACCAUCUGUCUUACUUCCACUUCGUGGGUCGGAUCAUGGGUCUGGCUGUGUUCCACGGACACUACAUAAAUGGAGGCUUCACGGUUCCCUUCUACAAGCAGUUACUGGGGAAGCCCAUCCAGCUGUCUGACCUUGAGUCCGUGGACCCUGAACUGCAUAAGAGCCUGGUGUGGAUCCUAGAGAAUGACAUUACUCCCGUGCUGGAUCACACAUUCUGCGUUGAACACAACGCAUUUGGAAGGAUUCUUCAGCAUGAGCUGAAACCCAAUGGCAGAAAUGUGCCUGUCACUGAGGAGAAUAAGAAGGAAUAUGUCCGCUUGUAUGUAAACUGGAGGUUUAUGAGAGGAAUUGAAGCCCAGUUCUUAGCGCUUCAGAAAGGGUUUAAUGAACUCAUCCCUCAGCAUUUACUGAAGCCUUUUGACCAGAAGGAGCUAGAGUUAAUAAUAGGUGGCCUGGACAAGAUUGAUCUGAAUGACUGGAAAUCCAACACACGGCUGAAGCACUGUGUGGCAGACAGCAACAUCGUCAGGUGGUUCUGGCAGGCAGUAGAAACCUUCGACGAGGAGAGGAGAGCCAGGCUCCUGCAGUUUGUCACCGGCUCCACACGAGUCCCCCUCCAAGGAUUCAAGGCUCUACAAGGUUCUACAGGCGCGGCAGGGCCCCGGCUCUUCACCAUCCACCUGAUAGAUGCAAACACAGACAACCUACCCAAGGCCCAUACCUGCUUUAACCGGAUCGACAUCCCACCUUAUGAAUCCUAUGAGAAGCUCUACGAGAAGCUGCUGACUGCAGUGGAGGAAACUUGUGGCUUUGCUGUGGAGUGAAGAGCAGCUCAAAGCAGCAGAAUCUCACUCAUGACCACCAGACCAAAAGCAUAUAGCUUCUGUGUGCCUCCCACAAAGCUGGCUGAGGCCCGGAAUUCCAGAAAACCUGAGGGAAAAGGCUUUUCUCCCUCCUUCCUUGGCAGAAGGAGGGGGCAGGGGACUUUAGUAGGUGGCUUCCACCCAUCUAUCCUCCUUUAUUAUAGUUCUCCCACCUCCUCCAUCACCCAUCCAAUAAAACGCAGCCAGUUUCUGCCCUUGGCCCCAGUCACACAUGGCGGAAGAGGCUUACUGCCCUGUGCUCUUUAAGGGAGCUUGUACCACAGUUAGGGGUGAGCUGGGCCCUGCGGGUUUGCACGGUCAGUGUACUGGCCAUCCCCUCUCAUGUAGCCUCGGCACACCUUUCCAAACUCAGCACCUGCUGGUUAUUUUACCAGAGCUCAAAUUCCAAGUCUUACAUCCUACAGCCUGUUCUUAGUGGCAGAUUAAUUUCUAACUGAAAAAUGACUACAUAGUGUAUGCUUAUUGGAAUUGUGCCACAGCAGGAAGCUUGAGUCAAAAUGUGUUUCCUCUUUGUAAGGUAAAGGAAUUGGAGCAGCUUUCAUUGGAGGCCUAGGGUAUUUCUUUUCAGAGUAUCCGGGCUGAAAAAAACACUUGUUUUGCACAGAGAAAAACUAUCGUUCCUUUGCUGCAUCCUCUAUCCAGUUUGAAAUUCUUUCUAGUGAAAAUACAUUAUGGAGCUAAGCAAAGAACAGACCAAAACCAGCCUCAGAUUUAACCAGUCGGUCCUUGCCAAUUCCAGUGCCCUGUUGUACAGAGGAGCACCGACUGUGUCUCUAGAAGUGUUAACGAACUUGGAUGUGGCAGUUGUUAAGAGCUAAACUAACCAGUUUUGCUACUAGCUGAAAAGAGUGGGAUAGUGGCCCUGCUGACCAGUUCCACCUGAGUUAGUGCUGUACACAAACAGGGUAUGGAUAAAAGCAGUGACACAGGGUGGACAACUCCACAUGGACUCAGUUGGCCCCUUCGCCUUGGUGGCAGUGGUGACUUUAGCAGUUCAAGUCACUUACCCAAAUAUCUCCAUAGGCCGAGCAAGUCCAGAGCCAGCCAACUCUGCGUUUCUAACACCAUUUCCAGUUUGCACAAAAGUUCUGGCAGUGUUUUAUUUCCAGAAUGGCUUGGUUUGGAAGAUGGUAGCACCAACAAACUUUUUGGUAUGGUGUUGCUGCUGUUUUAGUUUGGGGUGGGGACAAGUACAGGGUAAUUCAUUAGCAAGACAUUUCACUGCUGUUGAAGUUUGAGUUCCAUGUGAGCUCCUGCUGUGGUCUGAGAUGGAUCAGGAAGAGCCUUUGAUGACUUUCAUCUGUUGUUUUUGUUACUUUGACUGAGACCUACGGUGGAGGAUUACUUACCCCUGUGCACCUGGCUGCAGCUCUUGUGCUUGGAAGCAGUCUGUUGGGUGGUGUGGGGUACACUCACCUGAGACCCUGAUCCAGGUUCGUCCAGCUCAGCAGCCACUAGUCCCAGGGUCUGUGGUGACACUCUGGACUGCUGAUGUGCUGGGGCGGAAGGGACCAUGUGGCAGGAGAAUUGAGUCCAUUUGAACGUCCGGGCCAGUGUGCGGCCUUAGUCUCUUUCAAUUUUUUGCCUUGCCCCAGUAGGGCUUAUCUGUGUCUCAUUCACCUUGAUGCUUUGGAGGGCGUUCUAGAAACCCAUUUCCCCAGGACUCCAUCCAGUUUUCCCUUACAGUCCCCUAAAGUUAGAGAAACUGAAAAGUACAGGCCCCCAGGGAGAUUUGCUGUGACCAAGACCCCAGCCAUGGGAGCCGGACAAGACAGCUGCAGAGGGAAGCAACCUAAUUCUUCAGGUCAGAAGUACUGCCGGAGGCCAGGGAUUUAGCUCAGUGGCACAAGUGCCUGCCUGGCAAGUGCAAGGUCAUGAGUUCGACCCCUGGAUCCAAAUAAAAAAUGCUGGAUUUCCUGGUGGUGCCCUCCCAAACCUGUACAAGGAAGGAAACCAGGGCACCGCAGUUCAAGACUGAAGCAAGAGUGGUGCUUGUAACACCUUGACUACUACCUUCUGUGCUGGGAGGAACAGUGCCGCGGGCCUUGGCAGGGCAGCACGCUGGCCUGCAUCUCUCAGGUCGGGUGUCCCUUCAGCUAAGGAGAGGCAGUGGCUUGGGCCCACCACGGCCUGUGUUGCUGACCUGCUCAGAGUUCUGUCCAGUCUGUGCAGUCCACUCAGCUUCUGCAGGCCGCUGUACUUAAGAGCUUGAACUGCUGACCAUGGUUUAGGGCUUCUGGACUCCCCACUUCUGGUGAAGCUCCUGGUGGUCCAUGUGUGAUCUUGUUGGUCCCCCCACCCCUGCCCUGUGGUUCCUCUUCACCUAAACCCUUCAAGGGCCCAACUUCCCAGCUCGCCCUCCCAGCGGCCAACAGCCGACACUCAGGGAUGUAGCAAACCACCACUCUGCGGCGUUCGGGUAGGAAAGUGAGGGCCACAUGGGCAGCUCGGGGUGACACAGAUAGCACUCUCCACCUCGGCAAGGAGACUCAGCCGCUCGAUUGGGUUUGACCCCUAAGCUGGCUCAGCCGCGUGGUCCAAAUUCAGGUUAGGUGGGUCUCAACUUGGAGAUGUCAGGAACGGUCUUCUGCAGAGAACACACCCUGCCCACCUGCAGCCAGCUGUGUGCCGCACAGCAGCCUUCCUGAAACACAGUAUGGAUUUUUAAAGUUUGUUUAUUUUUGUUUCUCAACCACUUUAUAAUGUAUUUUUAAUUUAUUUUGUAAUGUCUUGUUUUUAAGUAUUGCUGCUAUCCUUGUUAUUCUUCCCACUGUUUUUAUUGCUGAUUUAUUUUGUGAAAGAUGUACACUAAUGUUCCGUUUUAUGUCAAAAUCAAAAGUAUUUAAAUACUAGUUCUAUUUAAUGUGGUUAUGGAACCAGCUGGAAACACAAAACAAACUGAUUGUACAGCAGGCUGGACCCGGGAGGUCAGGUUCAUUUUGUUACAUAUGCAAUAAACUCACGACUUUACAUUUUA